AUUUUACAUUAACUGAAUGAAAAAAAAACACAACUUUUAGGCUGUCUUUCAUAUUCAGUUCUUUUUUCCUGAAAAAGAAUCGUACCAAGAUCUAUUUCUUUUAAUAUGGAUUGUGGAUAUAAAACCUACGCCCUGUGUGUAAAAUGGCGCUUUUCCUGCAAAGGCAAUUGCCAGAUUCUGUUCUUCAUGUUUUGUAUGAUCCAUGUGGUCACUGGACAUAUUCGAUACUCUAUCCCAGAGGAGAUGAAGAAAGGCUCGCUCAUCGGUAAUGUUGCACAGGACCUUGGUUUGGAUCUCAAAAGGCUCCGUUCGGGUCGGCCCCGUAUCGCGACCGGCGACAGCAUCCAGUACACCGAGCUGCAGACAGACAAAGGGAUUUUAGUCGUCAAAGACAGAAUAGACCGAGAGCAGCUCUGUGGAGACACAACUCCGUGCAGUUUCAGCUUUGAAGUGAUUUUAGAAAAUCCUAUGGAGCUACAUCAAAUCACAGUUGAAAUAACGGAUAUAAACGACCAUUCGCCAACGUUCAAACGAAACAGUAUCAAUUUUGAAAUCAGCGAAAUAGCCAGUACUGGCGCUCGUUUCCCUUUGACGAUGGCAGAAGAUCCAGACGUGGGUGUUAACGGACUUAGAGAAUAUUUUCUGACCGAGAAUGACAAUUUUGUUCUUAAACAAAACUCGAAUGCAGACGGGAAGAAAUACGCAGAGUUGGUGCUUCAGAAGCCGCUGGACAGGGAAACAAAUCCUAAUCUGUCUCUAAAGCUAAUUGCUGUAGAUGGUGGGACUCCGCAGAAAUCUGGUACAGUAAAUAUCGAUAUAACUGUUCUCGAUGUAAAUGAUAAUGCUCCAGUAUUCAAUCAAUCUGUAUAUAAAGCCACAGUCAUGGAAAAUUCUCCCAGAGAUACUUACGUUAUCACUGUUAAUGCUAGUGACGCAGAUUUCGGAUCAAAUGCUAUCGCAACUUAUAUUUUUUCAGAUCUCAACAGUGGUCUCAAAGAUGUAUUCAUAAUUGACGAAAAAACUGGUGUCAUUUCAAUAACAGGCUCUACUGAUUAUGAAAAAAACAAAAAAUACGAACUUCGAAUCGAGGCAAAAGAUCAGGGAGGUUUAACAGAUUCAAGCAAAGUGAUAAUUGAAGUAACUGAUGUUAAUGAUAACGUCCCUAUCAUAAGUGUCAUGUCAUUCACUAGUCCCGUGUCCGAGGACUCUCCUCCUGGUACCACUAUUGGCAUCAUAAAUGUUAAAGAUCUGGACUCGGGUGAUAACGGACAAGUAAACUGUAGAAUAGAACAAAACGCGCCUUUCAAAAUUAAAUCUAAUUUAAGAAAUUACUAUACGUUGGUAACAGAUACUGUAUUAGAUCGUGAAAGCGUUUCAGAAUAUAACAUCACAGUUGUUGCGACAGAUGCAGGAAUACCUCCUCUUUCAACAAAAAGAACCUUUCAUUUAAAGAUCUCUGACGUGAACGAUAAUGCUCCGGUAUUUUCUCAAAGUGUUUACAAUACGUUUAUCAUAGAGAAUAACUCUCCAGGCAUUUCUGUUCUCACUCUCGGGGCUAAAGAUCCCGAUGAAAACCAAAACGCCCGGAUAUCUUAUAUACUGGAGAACACUAAUAUUGGUGGAGCUCCAGUUUCUGAAUAUGUUUCAGUAAAUGCAGAAAGCGGAAUCGUGCACGCUGUGCGCUCAUUUGAUUAUGAACAAAUCAAACAGCUGGUUUUUAUUGUCAAGGCGCAGGAUGGAGGCUCCCCUCCUCUCAGUAACAAUGUGACUGUGAAACUGAUAGUUCAGGACCAGAACGACAACCCCCCUCAGGUUCUGUACCCCGUCCAGACUGGUGGCUCUCUGGUGGCUGAAAUGGUGCCUCGUUCAGCAGAUGUGGGCUAUCUGGUGACUAAAGUGGUGGCUGUUGAUGUGGACUCUGGACAGAAUGCCUGGCUCUCCUAUAAACUGCAGAAAGCCACAGACAGGGCGCUGUUUGAAGUGGGCUUACAGAAUGGAGAAAUCAGAACUAUCCGCCAAGUCACUGAUAAAGAUGCUGUCAAGCAAAGACUGACUGUUAUAGUGGAGGACAACGGGCAGCCCUCUCGUUCAGCUACAGUCAUUGUUAACGUGGCGGUGGCAGACAGCUUCCCCGAAGUGCUGUCGGAGUUCACUGAGUUGACCCACGACAAGGAGUACAAUGACAACCUGACUUUUUACUUAGUCUUGGCUCUGGCUGUGGUUUCCUUCCUCUUCAUCACGUGUUUAGUGGUUAUUAUAUCAGUCAAAAUCUACAGGUGGAGACAGUCUCGCAUCCUGUAUCACUCCAACCUGCCUGUCAUUCCAUAUUAUCCACCACGUUACUCAGACACUUUGGGGACAGGGACUCUCCCCCAUGUGUACAAUUACGAGGUGUGCAGGACGACGGACUCCAGAAAGAGUGACUGUAAGUUCGGCAGAGCUGGUAGUCAGAACGUGCUGAUAAUGGACCCCAGUUCUACAGGAACGAUGCAGCGGAUACAGAGUGAAAAGAGCAUCCUGGAUGAACCAGACUCUCCUCUAGAGGUCAGUUAG